UGUUGUGGACCUGAUUAUCGAAUUACGACCACCGAGAUAAUGAAGUUAGCAAUUAUGCUGGUUGUCGGCGUUAUCGCCAAGGUAUACGGCGAUGAACCUGAACCUAUCAUGGGUGGCAACACGGCAUCGCCUGGACAAUUUCCACAUCUAGUCUCCAUUCGGGAAGAUGGCCACCAUAUUUGCGGAGGAAGUAUUAUUGAUGAGACACGUGUCCUCACUGCUGCUCAUUGCAUAUCGUCUCAAAGUACCGCGCAACGCUUGACUAUUCUAACCGGAACAAACGACGUAGAAGGUAGAGGUGGUAAAGUACACCAAGUUCAGAGCGUUCAAGUGCAUCCAGAGUACGACCCGUGGAGUGAACAUGCGAAUGAUAUCGCUGUGCUGACUAUGGUUAUACCGAUUCGCUUCAACAAUCUACAACGUUCAAUUUCUCUAGCGAAUAAAGAUUAUGCUGAUGGCCAAACUCUUUGUAUAGUAAGCGGAUGGGGACUGAUCGGCCGAAGUUCAUUUCCGUCGCCAAUGCUUCAGUAUCUCCAAGUGACCGCGCUGAGGCAUAGUGAAUGCCAAAAAGCGUAUCCAGGCACUACUGAUAAACAGAUAUGUACCUAUAUCAGCCAUGGAAAACGUACAUGCAUGGGUGACAGCGGUGGUCCUCUCAUUUGCAAUGGUCAACUUGCUGGUAUUGUCUCUUGGGGCAACCCCUGUACUAUAGUCAUCGAGAUAAUGAAGUUAGCGAUUUUGCUGAUUGUCGGCGUUAUCGUCAAGGUAUACGGCGAUGAACCUGAACCUAUCGUGGGUGGCAACAUAGCAUAUCCUGGGCAAUUUCCACAUCAAGUCUCCAUUCGGGAAGACGACGAGCAUAUUUGCGGAGGAACUAUUAUUAGCAGUACACAUAUCGUCACUGCUGCUCAUUGCAUAUCGUCUCUCAUUUUCGUGCCCGACUUAACUGUUCGAACCGGAACAAACAAUGUAGAUAGCGGUGGUCAAGUACACAAAGUCAAGUGCGCUCAGAUACAUCCCCAGUACGACUCGAGGGGUCAUAAGAAUGAUAUCGCUGUGCUCACUUUGGCAUCCCCGAUGAGCUUCAACAGUCAACAAGUUUCAAUUCCUCUGGCGAGUAAGGAUUAUGCCAAUGGCAAAAAUCAUGCUAUAGUAAGCGGAUGGGGACAGCUCGGUGCAAACUCAGGCAGUCCGACAAUGCUUCAAUAUGUCGAUGUGAGAAUGCUGAGCUAUGAUGAGUGCCAAGAAGAUCAUCCAAGCACUUCUUUUAAACAGAUAUGUACCUAUAACAGCUAUGGGAAAGGUUUAUGCAUGGGUGACAGCGGCGGUCCUCUCAUUUUCAACGAUCAACUUGUUGGUGUUGUCUCGUGGGGUAUUCCCUGUGCUGUGGGUCGAACUGAUGUAUUCACUAGUGUCUACUAUUAUCGGGACUGGAUUAGAGAAUGUCAACAGAUGUGCUGAUCAUUCUAAUAAUCACAGUCGACCGGCGAUCUAUAUUUCAGACAUUAUCCAAAGUUUUUAGUUACAGCGUGUGAAACGCGUUGCUAACGUUAUUGAUAUGUUUCAUAGAAAUGAUAUGAAAGUAUAAAUUAACAAUAAAAAAUAUUAUUUGAAAUAAA